AGCAGCCCCGUGGUAAUGGCUAAGAAGGAUAUGUACGUGGUGAAGCGCGACGGGUGGCUGGAAACUCUGGACUUGGAUAAGAUCACCGCGCGGCUUAAGGAGCUUAGCUAUGGGCUUAGCAGUUACCACUGUGACCCUCUCCUCGUUGCUCACAAAGUCUCUGCUCGUUUCCAUAACGGAAUCACCACAACUCAACUCGACCACUUGGCUGCUGAAACCGCUGCUGCCAUGUCCUGUGACCAUCCUGAUUACGCCACCCUUGCUGCCAGGAUCGCUGUCUCAAAUCUUCAUAAGAACACUAAGAAAUCAUUUUCUGAGACGUGA